CUUCCUGCACGUACCCGUAACCUAACAGUGGAGACAAAAGGACAUGGAAAAGCUAAAUUGGAUAUGCGAAUAGUUGCGAGAAAACGUCAGCGAUCAAGACGAGGGUUGACUCAAGAUGACUACUAUCCUGUACGUAUGACUGUAAGUCAGGAGCGAAUACACAAAGGAACGAUCCGUCAGACUGUUUGUCUUCGUGUCCUUUCACCAUUGGUAAAAAUCAUCGAAGUUACUCAUGGCUUGUACACGGGUUACAGCACAACGCCAAACAAUGUUGCAGUAUCGGCGAACUCCUCUUCUCUCAACUUCAUAUCAACGCCUACAGUCUCUUCAUUCGCUGUGCAUUUCGUUCUGAGUGGCUUCAAGCAUAACGACAUACGUUGUUAUGAAGUCGGUGUUACCGAACCACAACGCAGUCAUGAGCCACUACAUUUAGCUCCAGUUGCUAUCACUGCUCGACACCCUUCAGAAGGUGUAAUAGGUCUAAUUCUGAUCACUCAUCCCGACCAGGAUCGUAGGAAGAGCCGUAACAAGCGCAACAACAGUCAUGUGAAGGUGUUUCACGAAAGUCUUUUGAAAAGAAUUCCCCGUGGAAUCGUGGAUGAGUCAAUCGACACAGUAUGUUUCGCAGGAGGCCAAUGUUCGUGUGCAGAGUCAACAUGUGGCGUGAAAUGUGGGCUUUGUGCCAGGGACAGCAGCAAGGACGUAAAAGCAUUCAUCACAGCUUCUCGUAACUUUGGAGCAUUCGUGCGGAUACGUGCUUUGGAUCGAGUCCUUGUUGAAAGUUCGUUUUACACUCAUCUUAGCACAGAAAUUCGUGAAAAGCGGGGAGCAGCUGAAAAUCAGAUCUCAGAAAAGCUGGAUAUUUGGCUCCGCGAGUGCAAUCCACGCUGCAUUGCGCAACCUCCAGCGGUCAAUGAUAGCUAUCUAAUUCUUGGAGAAGCAGGAGCGCUUUCAGUUGAUAGUUUUGGAAGGCAGCAUUACGUACUACGUAACCUCGAUAGAUUUGAAAGAGCAGCUGAAAAUUGUGCUGCACUUGCCAAUGCAAUUGUUCUCGGAUAA